UUUGUUAUUCCCUUCACAUGAUUGGUCAGCCUGUGUUGUUCUUCAGCACGGCCACUACCCACUGCUGUAAAGAGAUGUUUCGAGAAAUUUGACUGUGGUCAUCUUCUUACUCUGUCCCAAGUAAUUGAGCCGUUUGGUGGAAGACUUGACAGCAGUUAACCAUGGCAUCCUGCUCGAGGUACUCUCUGUACUGGGAGGAGACUGACUGCUUGAGCUAUUAUGACAUGCUGUCACUUCAUGAGGUCUUUGAAAUUGUGGGUUCCCAGCUGACAGAGACUGACGUUGAAGUCCUGUCAUUCCUUCUGCAUGAAGCCUAUCCUACCAGGCAUCCUCUCGAUCCAGAAAGCUGGACUGAAGACGUUUCGCCGGACUCUGAUUCACCUGCAAAUUCCCCUUGCCCACGCCUUUUGGAGGCUUGGCGCAGGAUUCGCCCUAAGGGAGAGCCAAAUCCCUUUGCUCCCCGUAGUAAGCCGAAGAGCGGUGUUGCGCUGUUGCUGGAACUUGAGAGACGUGGCUUCUUGAGUGAAGCAAAUCUGGAACCUCUGUUGCAGUUACUUCGAAUUCUUACACGGCACGACCUCUUACCAUUUGUCUCCAGCAAGAAAAGAAGAACAGUGUCACCAGAGAGACAGCCUGUAAGCUAUCUGGAAAGGAGAGAACAUGCACACAGAAGUUCACACUCGGACCUGGCAAACACACAAGCGUCUCCGUGGAGGGCAGGUGUUGGCUCAGCUGUCACAACAUCUGCACCAGCACGAAGGAGAAGGGGAAGAGGGCGAGGCCGGACAAGAAAAAGCAGGGAUACGUCAGAAAUCUUACCUCAACCAGCAUCUAACAAAAUGACCUGUGAUAUCCGGCUGCGCGUUCGAGCCGAGUACUCAGAGCACGAAUCUGCCCUGCGUGCCAGGGUCUCCUCGGACAAGCAACAACCUCUGGAACGCCAGUUUGAACUGUUCAGCCGUGCCAGCCUUCUGCUGCGUGCUCGUGACCUCGGCUCCAUUGUCUGCGACAUCAAGUUCUCUGAGCUGCAGAACCUAGACGCGUUCUGGGCUGACUACCUGAGCGGCGCGCUGCUGGAGGCCCUCAAGGGCGUCUUCAUCACAGACUCUCUGAAGAGAGCCGCUGGGCAAGAAGGAGUGAGGCUGCUGGUCAGCGUUGAUCAGGACGACUAUGAAGAAGGCAGGAAGUUACUACUUAACAGUCAGACAAACAGCACAGCAAGUGACCAAUUGCACAGGCCAUGAGAAACACUGCCAAAGAGAAGAGAGAAGAAAAGUCCUCUUGAGUUAAUUUAAUCUUGACGAUGCAGGAGGGGCUGUGUAUGGAAUGAGAGUAAAUAAAGAGAGAUAUGAAUUCGAGUAUGUCUGAAAGAGACACCUUACCAAAAAGGGACAAAGUUCCCUUGUGUAGACGUGUGUAUGUAGGCUAAUCAGUGGCACGCAGGUUCAGACUACGCACAAGCUGAAGGCAGCUUUCUUUACUGCUGGUAAUUUUGUGCGUUAAUAUGUCUUUGGUUACACCACAUAGUGAAAUAAAGGAGACCCAGCUGAAACUGGUUUUGCAUUUUAUGUUAAAAGUAGCUGGGUAAUAGACAAGAAUUUGCCAUGGUUUUGCUUGAAUUGAGUUGAUUAGGCCUCUACAUAGAAGAGGAGGAAAAUGAGCUGAAUUAAUUGGUUUGUAACCAAAAAUAUUGUUCUGAAACUACCAAGGUCCCCUAAAAUGCUCACUAUUUGUCACCUUAAACACAAAAAUAUCUAUACACUGGUAGUGAGUCUGUUUCCUACAAGUUGGUGUGUGUGUGUUCACUACAGCAGGACACUGAAGAAACGCAACGGUGGUAUUAGAUUACUUGGUAAUUAUGGGUAUUUAUGGACCAGAUGUAACGCAACAUCUGUGUAAUAAACACCAGCAUUCCAAGACCCAGGUCCAAAAUAUCUGAACAGAUGCUCGGAGACAAGAGACGAGCCAUUUCUAAUGAAAGGGAUUCUUAAAAGAGCUCUUUCACUCGAUCAGAUGAUUCAGAGAAGCUGCUGUCCUCUUGACCUUAAGUCGCAAUCACAGUGAGCCUUUAUAGGAUUUUUUUUUAAUUUAAAAUAUAUGGGUUAAUACUUAUGUCUGUAUCAUUUGAAGAAAAUAGAAACAAAAAGUAGUAGUCCUAGGUAGUGAUUCGUCUAUACUCUUGUCUGUCUGGUGUGUCAGAUUUGUUUCUUUGUGUCCUACUUUUUCCUUCUGUUUUUGUUUAACAUUUUAAUUUAAUGAACGCAUGUAUAGACGUUUAUAUUUCAAUUUCAAAAUUUAAUUCUGAAUAAAAUAUUACCACAA